UGUUACAUCGCGGUCGUUGUCGUCAACGUCGUCGUUGUCGUUGUUAUUCUUAUUAUCGUCGUCAACGUUGCUCCUGUCGUUGAAUAGUAAUAGUCAUUGACGUGCAGAGAUAUCGAACAGUUCAGGACGCAUUGAUAACAUUUUUACAGUAUUGACACUUUCUGUUCGCGAGAUGUCAAAUCAAAUAUGUCUAAAAUGGAACAGUUUUUUAAACAACAUAGCAACGAGUUUCGAAAGUCUCUGGGAAGAGGAAGGUUUAGUAGAUGUGACAUUGGCAAGUGAUGGACAGUGUCUUACUGCUCACAAAGUGAUUCUCUCAGCAAGUAGUCCAUUCUUUAAAAAAGUUUUCCAGACAAACCCCUGUCAACAUCCAGUCAUAAUACUUCAAGAUGUGCACUUUAGCGAAUUAGAAGCCUUACUUAUAUUUAUAUAUAAAGGAGAAGUAAAUAUCGAGCAAAAGAAUUUGCCAGCACUUUUAAAAGCUGCAGAGACGCUGCAAAUUCGUGGUCUUUCGGGAGGGGAUAUAUUUGCUAAGGAAUCGUAUAAAAGACUAGUGGAGUUGGAACAAGCGGUGGAAGAAGGAACAGCUACUGCCAAGGAAGAAACUCCAAAAAAGAAACAAAAAUUAAACAAACAUCAGAAUUCUAUAUUAGAAUCAGCACUGACACCUAAGGUAUCGCAAGUAGAGAACACGGAUGAAUCUACGACCAGUGAACAGAGUGGCAAAGAGGGAGAUUAUUUAUUGCAGAAAAAUAUGCAAAAUCCGAUAUAUCAUCGUUUAGAAAUGAAGAUAGAACCAUUAGAAACUGUGCUUGAAGACUCUCAAAAACAAUCUGCAACGGACAAGGAUCCAACAGAAAGGUUAGACACAGGGCAACUCGUUGGGAGUCAAGGAUCAUCGAAGCCGAAUGUAACCGUAAUCGCCGACGCACGAGAGACUUCGACUCCUUCGUCCGAGCCAGAAACGCGCGCGAGAUUUCCCAUUGACCUUGAUCGAACUCCACCUUGGAAUACUUAUCGACACUCGGACGAACUUCACUUGCCGAAUCAUUUGUAUUCGGAAUCGAUGCCCGAUCAACAGGAAUCUACAUCAAACAUUCUCGUGGAACGAGACGCAAGAGUUCUACAUUCCGUAUUUCCAACUUGCCCCGGGACCGCUGGCAAUUCAGAAUUCCCCGAAGAAACCGUCAAUGGCGUCACAGCGUAUCCACCAUUUCCGUGUCCGUUCUGCGAUAGAGCGUACACGAGUUGGGGCUUUCGUCGAAGGCACAUCAAAGCCGUGCACACGAUUUCGCCGUCCUUAAACUGCAAAUGGUGUUUACAGGUUCUUCCUACGCAUGCGGCUUGGAGACGUCACGUAAUAUUAGCGCAUAAUCUGUCUGCGAGCGACGCACACAAUGGGCUCCUAAUUUUAGAGGAAGCGCAUAUGGUUUUACAAAUUGCGCGCCCCACCAGGAUAGAGUGCUCGCGUCGAUGCAGCGGCAUAGGAAGAGAUCGUCGCGUACCUCUUCACACUCACGGGAAAGCGGGACCGGUGCCUCUUUCCAUCUGUUCGAACGACGAGAUGGUCGAGAAUGACUCUUCGAAGAGAACGCUCUACGGAUUUUUUACGAGAGGCCAGGUUCGGCCGGUCGAGGGUUUCAUGGCGCAUCGGCACAAAGAAUGGCACGACCUGCUGAGCGCACGUUUCACUUUUAAUGUCUGUGCCCGUGAGAAUGAAUCCGACCAAUUUGACGACUACUUAUUCUCGGACGUGGUCUCUCGUCAACGGGCGAGGGACCUUCCUUUCUUCCGCGUGCGGAUUCCCGACGACGAUGCCUGGACGUUCGACGCGUGGUCCAGAAGCAAUUCCAGAAGCGAGUGCACGUUAGAAAUUUGGCGAGGAAGGCUAGUGACGACAGAGGGAGACAGGUCGCCGUAUUCCGGCGCUCCGUACCGAACAAUUCAUUUUUGUAUUCGGUUCACCUGAUCGCGACGUGUGCGGUCCGUGACGUCAUAAUUCGGGGCCCCUUCGAGGCGUUCCGCCCCCUUAAUGCGGGUUCCGACACCUCUCGACUUCGUGAUCCAGCACGCACUUUCCCCUCCGGCCCCCGUCCAUCACCCUGCAUCCCUUUCCAUCCCGAUCCACGCCGCUUUUUCUCUCCUUCUUCCCUUUCUCUCCCUUUCGGCCGUUUCUUUCUGUGUUUCAGCAGCGUCGAAGGAAAAGAGGAAGAAGCGAGGAAGGCCGGGAAGGCGGACGACGGUGAAAGAGAGGCGAAUCGCGUCUCCUCCCUCCCACCCGGCUGGUACUGCCGCAGUCUCGUACCCCUUUUCCCUCCUUGCAUCUCGCAGUGACCGAAGAUGCCUGGACGGUAUAUACACCUCGAAGGCGGCCAAGGGGGAUAUAAUGGCUCGGCCGGACUUCACACGAUGCCGACCGGUACGUCGGCCCCGAGGAUGAUACGGACCACGGUCAGAGGGAGAGACGAGGACGAAACAACCGCCGGACCUCCGGGGGAGGACUUUGAAUCGCGGAAGGAGCUGCUGCCUCUUCCAUCCUUGUCCUUCCCCUCGAUUCGCUGGAGCUUGGCGACGAAUAUCGUUCUGCCUCGCAGACCACUCACUCGACUUGGAAGGAAUCGAGAGAACGCGAGUACACGGUUGCUCCCGCGAAUUAGGAGGCCGCGUCGAGAGCGACGUGUGCGUGUCCCGCGACGGAACGCAAGGCAACCCGAAAAUAGACGGAAAGAUGGAACGAGGAAAGAAAAGAGAGGAGCGGGAGUGGCUGGAGAAGCUCGAGAGGAAGGAAGAUUAGGGUAUUCGAAGGCGUCGGAGAGAAGUCGACGGUGGGGCCUCUCGUGCAGAACAGUCGGAGGGUGGGCACCGUUAGCCGGUUUUGUACGAGGAGCCCUCGCCGCUGUCAGCCCGCGGGGGCCUUAUUUCAAGACCGUACCGAAUCAGGCACGACAAUCGCUCUAAUAUCCACACGAAUGCCAUGCCUGAGGCCCCCGUGGUCCAACAGGUCCCCUCUACUUCCCUCCUCUGCUCUCCCUUUAUACCCUCUAUCAACAGCCAAGCCAUCUUUACCCACGAGUAAGAGAUCUCCCUUGUCUUCCUCCUUUUCUUCUGCCUCCUCUUCCUUCACCUCCUCCUCCUUCUCCUCCUCCUCCUUUCCUUCUUUCUCCUUCUCGCGUUCUUUUUUCAUUAACCAUACGGUGUCGCCGUAUUCGCCCCGGCAUUUAAUCGUUGCAUCUUUCGCGUUUCUCGCAACGCGCCUUGUUCGGCGUAAGCAGGCGCGCGCGAGCGCCUCUCGUUGCCUCGCGAUUUAGUCUCCGUUUCGAAGACGAGUCUAUUAACGCUUAAUGUAUUCCCGAGGGUACGUACACACAGGCGCAUUCCUCACGGAUCGGAUUCCAACUUCCGAGACCGAAGCUGGAAAGCUCUUUUAUCCGUUCCGAUGAAAGGGAUUCGUGCAUCGUGGCGCGGCUGAUAAACGGAUUAAGAAGUUCAGAUCUAAUUGGCCCUCGGGCCGAUUGUAAAGGAAACCCUCGCCAGUCUUAUUGCCAGCCAUCAGAUUAGGAUUCGUUCGUAUAUACCCUUCGAAGCUUAUCUCUGUUUUAACGUUGCUUCCAAACCUGUCGUGAAACCUGCUUCUAUUUACUCGCGUAUCCCUUGGGUUUCAAUCGUUUUACGGUCCUCUAAUCGCCACUUCCGCAUACUUGGUCGGCGUUUGGACCCGACGAUGGAUCGUUAUCGUUUACGUUAUCGCCGUCGUUUCCUUUCCACCGAAAAUUCGAAACGUUCGAUUUUUCAUCGGCCGCCUGAGUGUUUUUUUUUUUAUCUCUCUCUUUGCCUUCCACCUUUCGAUCCUCUGGUUCGUCCCGACAAAAGUAUUCGGUCGGUACGAGGAGCAGCUUGGAGAGAAAUCCGCGGAUAAGGCAAGGAUAUUCAGGCAGGACUGGUUGGGUGGAAGAAAGAAACGAGGAUGGUGGCGCGGUACCACGGUAUAAUAACAGAGCACCCCAGCUCCGACUAGCUGAUGACUUCAUUGAACUGGUCUCGCUUGGCCCUCGGGCCCAGGACCUCCCUGAAACUGCCUGAAAUUAUAACGCCGGCCUGCGGCCAGGUCCGCUUUUGAUGCGCUCGAGACACGUUUCGAACAUUUAGUGGAUCUCGAGGCUGCUGCUCUCAGAAGGACGCGUUACUCCGUUUCUAGCUCUCUGGUUCUCCAGUUCCGUUCCUUUCUCUUUCCUCGUUUAUUUUUCUUGUGGAUGCGUGCUUCCGCGUGCUGUUCAUCGCCGGCCGAGACUCGUUCUUAACGCAAUAAAUCGGACAGGCAUUCGAGAGCUACAACGCAACGGAUCGCAGGGAACACGAGCGUUUCAUAAGGAACGUUCGUUGUUAGGCCGUGGCCUAUAAACUCGCGAUUUACAAGCACGAUCGCUUCCCUCUUUCGUCGAUGUCUCGUGUCGAACCGACGACCUUCGCGUGGGUUCUCCACGCCGAUUCCACGAAAUACAAUCGCCCCCUGGCCUUUGCUCGGCGCAACACGUUCGGUUUGCCUAUCCGUCCGCGUGCCCCGCAUCGGGACAACGUAUCGCGCGGCCGUCACAUCCUUUCGAUCCUAGAGUUAACAUCGCUCGCGAGCUCGUGGACGAUCCGCCGUGUGAAAAAUUGCGCGCGGAUAGACGUCGUGAUCGCGAUCGAUCGUGUACUAUCGCGGACGUUGGUUGCGAGAACGAGAGGAAAGCUCGAGCAGAUCGGAAUCGAGGUACCGACGACGAUAGCGGGAAAAGAGAAACGAGCAGAGGUAAACCAGGGGACAAGUGGAGAACACGGGGCUCGCGGAGUCGUUUAACCUGCGCGGGUCAGCUGGAUCGAGUUCCCUUCUCCGUCGCCGAAUCCGGCCGUUCUCGAUCGGAACGUAUCGAUUCCUCUAUGGCUGCGGCCCGCGUGCACGACAGAGAUCCUAUGGGAAAUAGAAAGUGGCCACGCGGCGUUCGCGGUUGCCCGUGCGUACGUUUAGCCUACGUGAAAUUUACGAGCGGACUGCCUCGUAAUUACCAUUGUGGAAACUCGGGGGAACCAGGGGGUUGGCGGUGGGGAAAGGGGCGAUGGGAGAGAUGGCAGAGGGAGAGGAGGAAAAGAAAGGAUUAAGGAGAGAAGAUCGGGGGGUGAGGAAGAACAGGGGGACGCGAAGGUAUACGCGGCCGCGAAGAGAGGGACGACAAAAAGUGGGGGACUUAGAGAGACGAAAAGAGAGAGAGAGAGAGAGAGAGAGAGAGAGAGGAGGGAAGAGAGAAACUACUCGAGUAUCUCGAGGCCAGUUCUAUACGCGGGUCUGUAAGUGCCGUGUAAUUGCUACGGCGCGUUUGCUCGGGCAUCUGUUUACCCACUUCGAUCGCAAAACGCCGAGCUGUAAACGCCCAUUCGAGAUCGUUCGAAUCGGUUUCCAUCUCGGCAACGGUGCGCUUAUUACCUGUACGAACUGGCUGCCGAUCGAUAUCUGUUUCGUAUUAACGACGCAGCCCCGACGUGUUCUUUCGAAACCGUUCGACACGGUGGCCUUCGGUAAUUAGGAAUGAAACGCGAAUCGAAUAAUUAUUAGUUUCGAUAUCUCCUACCUCGAAGCUGUAUAGGCGCGCGCGCGGACAGUUGCCCCGGACCUUUCGAUAAUGCUCCGAUAUCGGGAAUUACGAGCUUCGAGCCUCGAUACCGUUUGUCACGUACCCUCGCCAUAAUUAUCGGCGUCUAAUCGUUCCGACCGGGAAUCGAUUCGCGUAAAGCCGGUGGAAUCACGCCACUGUCCAUCACGUCCCGUAUCCUUCCGCGGGAUUUCCCCGUUGAUUUAUUCGAACCGCGGCUCGAUGCAUCGCACGAAAUCACCGAAAGGAGAACGGUUCGUCCCGGCGCCGAUCGACCAACGCGAAAUUCUUCGAGGAUACGUCGGAACGUGGAUGACAGGGAGAGGCGCAAUAAAUUGGCGAAACGUCAGGAGGCAGAAAAACAGCCGGAUCCAGCUCGUCUCGGUGUUUCUUUGUCGUGGGACCGAUGCCGUGUCAUCGGUCCCAACCGCGGCUUUCGGGUCCACUACUCGGUCACGAGGUCCCGCUUGACCGUCUGCGACGCGGCCUUGCGAGGUUUGCGACAAAAACUGUUUGCGGGUCCUCCCGUGCUCUUCCUUCCUUUUCUCCUUCUUCCCUUUAUCUCGUCUUCUCUUCUUCUUCUUCUUCUUCUUCUCCUUCUUCUUCCUCUUCUUCUUCUUGCGAUUCGUUUGAAUCGAUUUCAAACUCGAGGAUACUCGCUGGAUUUCGAGACGUUGGAAUGUCUUCCUUUCCCUUUUUUUUUUUUCUCUUCUUCUUUUCUAUUUGCACGCAAUCGCGAGGCUUAUACUCUCGAUCGUCGACACGAACGUAUCGGGGAUGGACGAGAAAAGAGUUGAACGCAUCGAGAGAGCAGCGUGUACGGCUCUAUCAAAGCGAGUUCGUCACGCGCGUAGGUUACCGCGGCGGUCCUUUUUUCUCUCGAUUCGUUCUCGUCAUAAUAGAAGAAUCUGUUCGUGGCUGCGCGCUAUGGCCCGCCUCUAUCGUUUCGAGCGGCACCGGUGGCCGCCACCGGCACGCUGCUGCCCAUCCAGGUUCGAGCAGGUUCUCAGGAAUUCACGACUCAUGCGACGACCGGGUGUCCAAGUGAAACGUAUAAUGGCAUUUAACGAAGAGGAAUCGUGGUAGCAGGGGCAGUGGGCUUGCUCCAAAUUGUUAGGUCAGGCUAAUGUCGAAACGACGUCCGAGGACGGGACUCGGUAUUGUUCCGACACCCUUCUCCGUGCUGAUGGCUCGUGGGAACACGCCUGUUUUUUUCCUUCUCCAUUAUCCCGCGGAACACCCUCACCCGAUAUUUUUCUUCUUUUUCGAAAAUACUCUCCCUUCUCUUUCUCCGUCUUUUUUUGUUUCGUUGGUCCCGCUCGGACGUUAUCGUCGAAGAGCAAUUUACAAGGAACGCGCCGAGGACCCUCUCCGCGAGGUAAUCGCUAGCAAGAUCGAUUACGAUAAAGUCGGUCGAAUCGACGUCUUCUUACGACGACGCGUCGGCGCAAAUUAACGUUUAAACGUAGGCGCGGGUCAGAGGAUGGAAAAGGGAGGCGAAAAAGUCGAAAAAGGAGAGAAAAAGGCGAAAAAGGAAAGGACGAACGACGAUGAACGAAGACGAAGGUGGGCUAAGAGAAGCUCCACUCGUCUCUGAAAACUGGUCUGGUAGAGACGCGGUCUUAGGAGCAAAGAAGAGUCGGAGGAGCGGCAUUCCCCGGUAAUUAGUCUCACCCAUAAAUUACUAGCUAUUCCGUGUCUGUGUUGGUCACAACUCGGUAAUGUUCUCCUCUUCCCUCCUCUUCUCCAGCCUUUCCAUUUCUCCCGUCUCUCUUUCUCUCCCGUCUUCAUUCCUGUCCUUUAUAUUCUCCCUUCAACCCGAUAUUAUUUGAUACCUCGUCGCCGAGAUAAACGACCGACGAUCGUUGAUUUAUCCACGAACUUGGCGAAAAUUUCGUCACGAUUCUGUGCUUACAACGGUGACGACAGGAACGUGACAGCGUAGAGUUAAGCAAUAGUCGAUAGAGAGAUGGAUCUAGGUGCCAGGAGGUCUCGCAGACGGUCUAUGGGAAUGAAACGGACUCAUCUUUGCCGUAGGUCGAACGCGAGCCUGAUCCGAGAGGAUCUCUCUGGCCGCCGAAGGGGCACAGGACCCCGCUGCUAAAUGAGCUGUAAUACGGACCCCCGCUGACCCCGCGCUCGCUCUUUCUCUUUCUCCUGCUCUACCUCGCCAGUUCCUACUCUUCCGUCGUAAUCUCUUCCUUUCCUCUUCUAUCGAGUCGUUCGUUCUUUCACUCGUACCACUCCGUCUGCCUGCUCUCCCCCCGAUGCCGUUCAAAACUACUCGUUCCUCGGGUAGAAUUCGGUGGUCAUGAUACAACAACGCCAAACGAUUCCUCUUACCGGCACACUUACCACGAUGUUUUUACUUUCUCUACUCCUUUUACCGUUUUUCUGCCUUUCGUUUUUCUAUUGUCGCUGUUAUCGCCCGUGCUUGCUCGUUGGCCCGUCGUUCGGCGCGCUCGCUUCGUCGUUAAAAUCGGGGAUGACGAACGUUUCCACGGUUUCCAUAAUUACAGUUACCUAUGCGCGAGCGACACUUGGGUUUAUGUCAUGGAGAACGGCUUUCCUUCGACCGAGUACGAAACGGUUCUCAUCGCUUCUGCGAACUAACGGAGAAUGGUCGUGACAUCGAGACCGAUCGCUCGCGCAUUCGCUCGGUCAACGAAGUAGUUGACCCGUCGCUGGAGAUACGCAGAGAGCGAUCCAUCAAUUGGGUCAACCGUUCUCCGCGCUCGCUACUAGUGGAUGGAGAAAGGAAAGAGAGCAAGGGGAGGAACGAAAGUACGGCUAGUAUCUAAGAUACAGGAGUUCUAUCGAUGCCGCGCGAAAGCGACAGUUUCGACCUUACUCGAAGUUCUUCCAAUUAAAUAUUCGCUCAAGCUACUCGGCAAAAUAUGAAGUUUUCCGUCGGUAGAAUGUCCCCGUGUGACAGAUCUCUGACGCAGGCCAGCAGUUCGAGACUAGUCGACGAUUACACUUGACGUGACUGCUGAAAAAUCUGGACGCGAUUUAAAGACGUCGAAACAGAAUCGGAAUCGACAAAUGUUCGAAAUGAGACGAUAAAACGAGUCGCACGGCGACAGCUCAAGCCUUCUAGAGCUCUGUUCGAUGCGCCUUCGCUGUGUACCACCGAGACAUGACCGAUGAGAGAGGAGAGACCAGCGUGCAACAAGAGGAAAGAAGAUAGCCACUGGUAGAGCUCUAAAGGAAAGAAAAGGACGUGGCGCUGAAAGUGGAAGUAUACGAUUAAGCGGAGACCGACCGAGAACAAGCUGAUGCCGGGCUGUUUCGAACGAUCCGUUGAUCGGAUUUUUUCCCAAACUUGGAAAAACGUACACCGCGGAAAUGCUAUUGUAAUCGACGUGCACCUUUGAGUAAACCAACUAAUCCAACGAUAUUCCUUUGGGCCUCUGUCUUUGUUGUAGGUCAGUCCGCGAAGGAGGAGACAGCUGAACGAUGAGAAUGGAUUUCGGGAGGAUUUGCUCGGCCGUGCGGAUCGUGUUGCUCGUUACGAGGAUCGUGCAACGAGGAGGAAACUUUAUGUAGAAAGCUGGAACGCGAGCAUAGGGUAAGCUCUCGGAGUCUUUGUUCUUGGUUAUAUCUUCGCGAAAUCGUAUCGGGAACGUUCGAAAUGGAAGGGUCAAAAGGCAGCGUUGUGCUUGGAAGUUGGUCCUCCCUCCGUGGAUACCGAAGCGGCAGGUUGCGAAGCACAGAGGAGCCGAGAGGUUCGUAGGAGAGUUAAAAGAGGAAAAGAGGGGCUCGGUUGCGUCUCGUUGCCGCCGAGCGGCGCUCACCUGCCUAGUCCGCAACAGUCUCGUACGGUUCGCUCCGACCAGGAGCUUCGUCUCCGAUCACGGACGAACGAUUCUCUUCUCCUCUCCCCUACCAUCGACCACUUUCCACCUCCGCACGAUCGUGCUGCACCACGUGAGCUUUUCGACCUUCUUCCUACCCUCCGGUACCCUCUUCCCCUCUUCCCUCGCUUCCCCCUCCGCUUUUCCCACUGUCUUCCGAUCUAAUCUUUUCCUAUCGAGCAUACGCGGUACUCGCAUUGUUUCGAAAAUACAAAAUUCGUUGGGUUUUCUCGUUUGCACGAUCUCUGUCAGAGGGAUGUCCCCUCGGUGGCGCAUUCGCGAUCACGAAACUAUCGACGAGGAUAUCGCGGCGAUGGUGACGUCGACGUUGGUGGUGUAGUGAAGGUGGUAAUGGUGGUGUCUCGAGGCAAGCUGAAAGAGAAAACGGUGGUGGAGGAGAAAAGGAAGCGGUAGAAGAAGCAAAACUAAAAGAAGAAGAAGACGAAGAGAAAGAAGCAGAUGAAGGUGAAUGGUGGGGCUGUCUUCUCUACUCCUUAGUACAUUUCUGGUGGGGGUAAGGCAACACUCAAAGUUCGUGGUGACGUAGUUCUGGCAGGAACGCGACGCGUUUUUGUCCCCGCCGGAAGGAAAUAGCACCUUCCUAGAUUCUGAUCGCGUCUCGUCUUUGGUGUUUUCGUCGAGUCGAAGAAAGAGGGAAAAGAGCUUCGAGGAGGAGCGUAUCUUGAGCAAAAGGGAGCGAACGAGAGGAAAAGAAUCGGAAAAGAUAGGAGAAGCAGGAGGAGGAGGAGGAGAAGGAGGAGGAGGAGUAGGAGUAGCGGCGGGAUCGAGAGGAAGUAAACGAAAGAAAAGCAAGAAACAGAGUGACGGGAAGGGGUGGGGAAUAUCUAGUUCAACAGACCGGAAGCGAAGGAUUUGCUCUUCCGGGAAUUUCUCCACCGUGAUAAGGACCAUUUGCGAUUCCAAAAGAUUACGUUCGGCGAGUCAAAGCAAACGGGAAAAUUUGAUUGUUUUUUCAUGGUUUCCCAGUGGCCCGGAAAGAUAUCAUGAGGAUUUCGCGUGGUCAAUAUUUGUAUCCGUUCGAGUGUUUCAAAGAGGCUCUUUCGCUUUGAUCGUUAUACUCGAAGCUGGAGAAGAAAGAAGCGGACGAACGGACGGAGGAGGAAGAGGAAGAAGAGGGCUGUAACGACGCCGAAGAAGAAGAAGAAGAAGAAAACGAUCGUGCUUCGGUGAAGUGUUGGCAGAAGCGAAGACCAGAUACGAGAAAGUAGUCGAGAGUGGACGGUCGAGGAGAUCGGGUGCUCGAUAAAGAAUUUCUCCUUCGAGAUCGAGGAAAAGGAUCGUCGAGUAUUUUUCAAAGGAGCACGUGUGACCCGACCCGUUACGAGCUACCGAUACGUCGCGCGUAAAGUCGAUCAAUUUUUCGCCGGUUUCGUAGGUCAGGAACCUGGUGGCGCUACGCCGUGCCAGACACGAUCGAUUUCCAUACCGGCGCGAUUUCGAUUUUCCUUCGUCUUUCUCGAGUCGAGAACGUCGUUCGUCUUCCGGUAUCCAGCGGACUACGGGCGGCAGACGAGG